GUAGAAUUUCUUGGAAUUUUCUAAUUUACAAACCUGUUGACUUUUUGUUAUUUUACUAAACGGUCUAAAAAAUUUCAUCUCUUGUUUCAGCAUGAAUCGCAUAGUUCACAAAUUUGUGGUAAGAAAUUCCUUGACAUGAAAUUUCUUUAUGACAGUGUUCAAACUUUUGGUUUUAAUCAGGGCUUAAAUCUGUCGGUAAUCGUUUCGGUCCCGGGCCAGUAACCAAUGGUGGGGGGAAAAGAGCGACGCGCGCAGCUUCUCGGCGCAGCGGGGCAGGCCGUCACAACUCAAUCUAGUGUCUCGGUGACCGUGCGUUCGUAAGUUUCUCUUUUCUUCUCUUUCCGCAUAGUGCGUUAUAAUUCUUGACACGGAAACGCAGUUUUCAUCGGCAGAUUAGAUCGUAUCUGGGAUCCUAUAUUUCCAUCUCUCUAGGCUACUAAAACAAUGUGAUUGUUUGUAAGAUGUCACGUUGGUUCGAUCAACCGUGCAUACUCCUGAUGAGUGUGAUAUUGUUUAAUACAGUAACGUGGAAUACAGCGAAAAGUUCGAUGAUGAAGUGUGAGGAAGCAAAAUUAAAAUGCGCCUUCAGAACAGGCUGUGGCGCAGCUCUGCAACAUUAUCUUACGGGUUGUGCACCCGUUCUUCAAGGGAAUGAUUGUUCCGAAACCUGCCAACAUGCCCUUAUUGCUCUUACAAGCACCGACGAGGGCAAAGAACUUAUGACAUGUGAAUGUGAGGAUGAAUUAUGUUCCGAGUCGAAACAAAGAGUAGAAAUAUGUAGAUCGUCUGUAACAAUGGCAAUGAAUAGGACAAGGGUGUCCUGCAGAAUAGCAACUUGGAUUUGUAAUGCAGACGCUCUUUGCCAAACUGCGCUUACGUAUUACAAUAAAUAUUGCAAGAGUAUGUUUCAAGGACGAAAAUGUACUAGACGAUGUAGAAAUUCGAUAAAUAUCUUAACAAGACAAGAAAAGGCUGCAAAAUUGAAUACAUGUCAGUGCGAUGGUUUUGAAGAAUAUGAUUGUAAAGGAAUCCAUAGAAAUAUGAAUCUUUUAUGUUUUGGAAAAAUACAUCAUGGUUAUCGUGAUGUUAAUGUCGAGGAUGAUAGGGAAAGUGAAUAUUUAACACCAAACAUGAGUCUUAGAGGAAACGGUGUUCAAAUAUUAAUGGACAGAGAACUAUUUUUACUUUCUUUAUUAAUUUAUCACAUACUUAAGGCAACAAGACAAGGCAAGAUCACUCGUUAUAUUAUUCUUUCUCACUUUGAAAUAUAUACUACCGCGCAUAAAAUAAAUUGCGAUUAUUUUACAAAUAACACAAGCAUCUGAAUUUAUAGAUUGUGA